UCAACAGACAAACAGGCGUAUAUCUCUUGCCAGCAGCUCUAUCCGAUUCCGGGGGACUGACCAUUCUAAAUUUCUUCCGACUCUUCAGUCCAUGAAUUUUUCAUAUUUCUAGGGCUAGAAGUAUGGCGGUUCGCGUUGUGAACGGCACCGGAAUCUUCCGCUGCUGCGGGGUGUCGCCGCCAGUUACCGCCCUUAGAUGCUGCGUACACCAGCACAAGUCUGUUCAAUUCCACUCGUCUACUCGCUAUUCAAUGGCCCGGCGUAUUCACUGUCAGCUCGUAUCUUUUCGCCAUGGAGUCGUCGGAAUACGGAGGUACUCAACGCAGAGUCUAGUGGAGGUUUUCGUGGAGGAGCUCGAGUCACUGCGAAAGCGUGGUAGAGUUCGCGCCUCAAACAAAUUAGAAUUGAAAAGCAGUGAAGAGCUUCUUGAGAAUAAGUUGGGAAAGCAGGUAUUGGAGAAAGGAUUGCUGCUGGAAUUCAGGAAAGACCCAGAGAGGGUAUUACUAGCAGUUGCACAAAAACCAGAUGGGAAGAAGAAUUGGAUGGUUGCUGAUCAGAAUGGUGUGAUGACAUCUAUUAAGCCACAACAAAUUACUUUCAUUGUUCCUGGUAUCAAGAGCUUUGACCACACGGAGAUAUCAAACUUUGUUCAGAAAGCUCAAGAUAAUUUGGAUCCUGCACUGCUUGAGUUUGCAUGGAUUGAGCUUCUCGAAAAGAAUAAGUCAGUAACAGUGGAGGAGCUCGCCGAGAUGAUUUUUGGUAGUGCGGAACCUCUUGAGAGCUAUUCUGCCCAUCUGUUGCUUUCAAAGGAUGAUAUAUACUUUACACCUGUGGUCACUAAAGGUUCAUAUUCUGUUUAUGGCCCCAGACCUGCGGUUCAGGUUGAAGAACUUACACGAAGGAAGGGUGCCAAAGAGGCUGCAGAGAAGGAACUUGAAGAGUUUGUUAAUUUAUUGAAAUCUGCAAAGAAUAUGCCUCUGCAUGCCAAACCCCCAAAAUCUACAUGGAGAGCUGUAGAGAAAAAUCAGAAGAAAAUUGAGUCUCUUCAAGCAUAUGCAAUUGAUGAUUGUAAAAAUGAAGAUGAAAAGAAAACAGCUGGGAUGAUUCUGAAGGCCAUGGGACUUGCUAAAACAGCAGCAGCAGCUGUGAAUCUCCUUAUCGAUAUUGGGUAUUUCCCUGUGCAUGUGAAUCUAGAUUUAUUGAAGUUAAACAUUCGUACGGAUUAUCCGGAAGAGAUUCUUGCAGCUGCUGAAAGUCUUUUGUCUGAGUCACCUGAUCUGGAUGAGGUCGACAGAAAAGAUUUGACUCACCUGAAGGUUUAUGCCAUUGAUGUUGAUGAAGCUGAUGAGCUUGAUGAUGCACUGAGUGCAACUAGGCUUCAGGACGGCCGCAUAAAAGUCUGGAUUCAUGUUGCAGAUCCGAGUAGAUUAGUUAAGCCAGGGAGCAUCAUAGACAAAGAGGCAAUGAAGAGGGGAACCUCUGUGUUUCUACCAACUGUUACUUACCCCAUGUUCCCCGAGAAGUUAGCCAUGGAAGGCAUGAGUUUGAAGCAAGGAGACCGCUGCAAAGCCGUCACAGUUUCUGUUGUGCUGCAUUCUGAUGGCAGCAUUGCAGAAUACUCAGUUGAAAACUCUAUCAUCAAACCGACAUAUAUGCUAACCUAUGAGAGUGCGACAGAACUUCUCCAUCUGAACCUGGAAGAGGAGGCUGAAUUGAGACUUCUCUCCGAGGCUGCUAGACUCCGAUUGCAAUGGCGUCGAGGACAGGGAGCAAUAGACACAUCUACAUUAGAUACCAGAAUCAAAGUGACUAACCCAGAUGAUCCAGAGCCCUUGAUCAGGCUGUAUGUGGAAAAUCAGGCAGAGCCUGCAAUGCGACUUGUAUCUGAGAUGAUGAUACUUUGUGGCGAAGUUAUAGCAACUUUUGGUUCUCAUAACAACAUUGCUCUACCUUAUCGGGGGCAGCCUCAGUCAAAUAUUGAUACGUCUGCUUUUGACCAUCUUCCUGAAGGCCCUGUGAGGAGUUCUGCUAUAGUUAGAAUCAUGCGUGCUGCUGAAAUGGAUUUCAGGAAGCCUACGCGCCAUGGAGUUUUAGGACUUCCUGGAUAUGUUCAGUUCACAUCUCCUAUUCGCAGAUAUAUGGAUCUCCUGGCUCACUAUCAGGUGAAAGCAUUCCUCAGGGGGGAUUCUCCUCCUUUCUCAGCAGGACAAUUGGAAGGGAUGGCUUCAGUGGUGAACAUGAAUAUUAGGGUAGUAAGGAGGCUCAGCUCCAGCAGUCUCCGGUAUUGGAUAAUAGAAUACUUGCGGCGGCAACCAAAAGGAAAAAGGUUUUCUGCUUUGGUCCUCCGAUUCAUCAAAGAUAGAGUUGCAGCAAUACUCUUGAUAGAGGUUGGAUUACAAGCUUCUGCCUGGGUAUCUGUUGGUGUACAGGUGGGCGACGAAGUAAAAGUUCAGGUGGAAGAAGCACAUCCGCGUGAUGAUGUUCUUUCUUUCAAAGAGGUUCCAGGAAUAUAAGGACUUUAUUCUGGUGAAGUUCAAUGCAGUGAUGAAAUUUAAGUAGGUCCUUUGAAGGGAAUAUGCAGAAAUUGAUCUCUUUCUCAAGAACGAUGUGGCAUUUGCUUUAAUGCAGUCGUUGGUAUUAUUAUUUAACAGAAAAUAGCAUCGACUGACACUGAAGACUGAGGUAGCUCCUCUUCUCACAUAAAAUGCUGAUGGAGUUGGCCAGUCAAACUUGAGGUUAGGUAAUUUAGAGAUUGUCGUACCUGAAGAACUAGGUGCUGUAUAAUGUGCAUACUCGUAUGUUAGGCAACGAGCAAGCUGCUGGAUUGUUAAAUCACAUCGACGAGGAAGGCUACUGCUCAGGCAACGGUAUCAUGUGAUUCUUUUGGUGUCAGGGACAAGGGUUCAGGAAAGUCUUUAUAGAAGAGGGCACUCAUCCUUCCCUCCUUUGUAUCCUGUAUAUACAUAAUUUUGAAUGUAAUACUUUUUGUAUCUGAAUAUAGCGGUAUCAAUGCCUCGAGGAAAAUUGAAAGAUAAAAAUGUGUGCAA